CCGAUUGCCAUUGAAAUUUCAAGGGUGCCGGGCUUUUCGUAGAAUUAUCCUCAUUUUGGACGGCGAAGUCGUUUCAAAUGAUCCUAGACUCCAAUCCUGUUGUUCAUGCUCUUUUAGGGACGUUAUUUACAUGGGGUGUCACAGCUCUUGGAUCUGCUCUUGUCUUCGUUUUUAACAGCGGACAGAGAAAGGUUCUCGAUGCUAGCCUGGGAUUUGCCGCUGGGGUCAUGCUGGCAGCCUCCUAUUGGUCCUUGUUAGCCCCAGCCAUAGAAAUGGCAGAAACUUCAGGAAGUUAUGGAGAAGGUGGAAAGUUUGCCUUUGUUCCAGUGUCUAUAGGGUUCAUUGUAGGGGCAGUGUUUGUUUAUGGGGCAGACAAGCUUAUGCCACUUCUGGGUAUGGAAUCAUCUAAUUUUGCUGAGGCCCUAACUGGGGAUUUUCAGAAUGGUAGUGCUUGCAAAGAGAAAGAUUCAAAGGAUGACAUCCAUCACACAGAAAUCUCCAUCCAUAACUUGUCACACAACAGAGAUAUAUCACAGCUUACACAAAGAAAGAAGGAAUAUUUACACAGUUCCAGUAACAGAGACAUUGAUCACGAAGUACAGAUAUCACAAGAGAAAAAAGCCAGCUGGAGGAGAAUUUUAUUACUGAUCGUAGCAAUUACAGUUCAUAAUAUUCCAGAGGGUCUGGCUGUUGGAGUAGGGUUUGGUGCGGUAGGAAAAACAGCUGCUGCAACCUUUGAAAAUGCAAGGAAUUUAGCAAUAGGUAUCGCAAUUCAGAAUUUUCCAGAAGGACUAGCUGUCAGUCUCCCACUCCGAGGGGCAGGAUUUUCCUCAUGGAAGAGCUUUUGGUAUGGUCAGCUAAGUGGAAUGGUAGAACCAUUGGCUGGAGUGUUUGGUGCUCUUGCAGUAGUGGUUGCUGAGCCCUUGUUACCAUAUGCUUUGGCAUUUGCAGCUGGUGCAAUGGUCUAUGUUGUAGUUGACGAUAUUAUACCAGAGGCCCAGACAAGUGGUAAUGGACAGUUAGCUUCAUGUACAACGAUUGUUGGUUUUGUAGUCAUGAUGUCCCAAGAUGUGGGGCUUGGAUGAAAACAUAACUUGUGAAACCUUAAUUAGAACUUUUAGUGUAUUCAGUUAUUCGCUAACAUUUAAUAGAGGCUUUUGGAACUGUAGCAUACAUCUUGAGUCAUUAAUGGUAAAAUGUCUUGCUAUUUUGAAAGAAGGGGAUUUAGAAAAUACUCGCCAACGAUAGCUUCUGGGAAACAGUUUGUGCAGCUUUUGUCCAAAAAAAGGGAAAUAAUCGAUGAUUGAUUUAAUCCAAUAAUUUUUUCAUAUUCAAAUGAUCUUUUCUAGAAUAGACCUAUAAACAAAAUAAGUACUCCUGUAUAAGGCAGUCAUUAGCUAAAAAAGAAAAAAAGAAAAAAAAGAGAGGAAAAAAAUAGAAAAAAAAUGCAAGGAUCCAUACUUGGAGCUUGCAAUUUAUUUGUAGCAUGAUAGUGUAAUAAUUAGUUUUCUUGAUUUCAUCCUCUAGUAAUUUAGGGCAGGAUAUUCAGCAGUUUCAUUAUGUUAUGCCACUUGAUAAAUAUGUAAUAGCUGUACUUUGUUAGUCCAAUGCAGCAAACUUCUGAUACUUGUCUUUUAGUUACAUAGAUUCAUAGCUUUCUUUUUAAAGAAAUGCAGCUAAUUGAAUCACGCUAAUUCUGUACUUUGGAGAAUUUUCAAUGAACAUUCAGUUCUACUUG